AUGGAUGUGUCUGUGGAGACACAAGACCGGGACCAUGAGGAGGUCCAGUCCUGGGUCUACAGCCUCGGUCCUGGGUCCUCCCUCCCCCCUCCUCACCUCAGGCCUCCCUCCUCCUCCCUCUCCUCCCCCCUCCUCACCUCAGGCCUCCCUCCUCCCUCCCCCCUCCUCACCUCAGGCCUCCCUCCUCCUCCCUCUCCUCCCCCCUCUCCUCCUCCCCCCCCCCUCCUCACCUCAGGCCUCCCUCCUCCUCCCUCUCCUCCCCCCCCUCCUCACCUCAGGCCUCCCUCCCCCCUCCUCACCUCAGGCCUCCCUCCUCCCCUCCCCCCUCCUCACCUCAGGCCUCCCUCCUCCUCCCUCUCCUCCUCCCUCUCCUCCCUCCCCCCUCCUCACCUCAGGCCUCCCUCCUCCCCUCUCCUCCUUCUCCUCACCUCAGGCCUCCCUCCUCCCUCCCCCCUCCUCCCCUCUCCUCACCUCAGGCCUCCCUCCUCCCUCAUGCUCUCGGUGCUGAAGUUCAUGUGGCCCCCGUUGGCCCAGAUGGGAUGCUCCACAGGCUUCGGUCUGAACGAGGGAACAACCCCGAAGUCCUCACAGACUCGAUGGAGGAUGUAG